AUGCACGUUUUGCAUCCAGCACAACUCCCCGGCUGCAACGUCGACGUCGCCAACCAGGCCGAGUGCGACCAAUGCAUGGAGUUCCGGGCCAUGAACCACCCCAUGAACGUGGACCACAGCUGCGAAGUGGCGGGCUUCGGCGCCAUGGUGCGAAGGCGGGUACCGAACCUCCUGGUCGACUUCUCCACCCAGGAGCUCUGGCAGUGCGUCCACUGCGCGGGCGAGGGCCGCGUCUGCGACGCCGACCGCCAGCUUUCCGUCAAGUGCGCCACCUGCACCACGCUCGGCAGGGACUGCACGGUCCAGGGCUCGCCGAGUCUCGGGCCCCGAUUGUUCUCCGACGCCGGACACCGCGGCUAUCGCAUCAUGUGCAGGGCGCGAGGGCUUGUGCUGCUCAUGGUCGAGGACCCCCGACCAACCGGACUCGCACCCCAACUGGGAAGCCUCCUCACCAACGCGACCAUCCAGCUCGAAUUCAAAGACUACUUCAACCUCACUCUCCCGUACCCCGAUCUGCUACCCCGUCUUGACGCCAACGGCCAAAUCAUCCCGGGGAUCCCCGCUGCCCCCGCCACCCUUCGAGCUUCCUGGGCGAGAAAGGGCCGGAAACGGGUCCAAGGUCGUCUUCCCGACGGAAACCCCCAACCCGGACGUGGUAGACCCGGAGCUGGUGGUGCGCCUGCAAAACCUGCGCGAAGCUCGGACUCUACUGCUUCGACCGGCUGCGGCCCGACAACCCGGCCCCCGUUGUCCGCGCUCCGAGACCCUAUUGGAAGCAGCUCUUCGAAUCUACCGCCACGCCCCGGGGCUCGCCGUGGCGGUGGUUCUUGA